AUGGCCCGGAGCCACCUGGUUCCGUUGCUGACUCCCCUAGUGCUCCUAGGUCUGGUGUCCCCUACUCAGAUCGACCCAGAAUACCAAUACUUUGGCCCGCAGAGUGAAGGUGAUACUUGGGAGCUGCUGACGCUGCAGCGACAAAAGGGUAAACUAGCAGUACUGGAAGACUCAGUCCUAGGCCCGUGGGGAAAGUGGCAUUGUUUCUGCAGCCUGGGCAGACAGGAACGCAGCCGUCAGGUGCUGGGCACAGCACCAGUCCCUGUGUUCAUGGACCGAGAGAAGCUGGUACAGAUGAGGCCGUGCCGGCAGCAGGAUUGCUCAUCUUGCAGCCUGAAAGACUGCAACUAG